AUGGAAAAGACGAAGUCUAGUCUAAUUUUUCAGCAUGUUGUGGAUAGCGCACCUCUUGGAAUCCUGCCAGAACUAGUGGAAACAUACUUGUUGUCUUUGAUGAGGUCUGACAAUAUGAAUGCCGUGGUGUCACUAGUACAUAUUUUGCUUCAUUCUAAUUUCAAGCAUUACCGAUUUUCCAAUCAAUUCUGGUCGUUGUUGACUUCAAAAUCCGCUUCACUUGGACACCAUGGGGCAGCCUCUUUAGCCUAUCAUGAAAUUAUAAAUCCGUUUGUCAAUUUCAGUGGCGAUGGUCCGAUCUCUGAGGAGAAUGAGCAUAUUUUGUUCUUAUUGCUACCGACCACCAUUGAGAGUUUGGCUAUAGUCUUCGCUCAAAAUGGAAACCACGUUGCGGUGGAGGGCCUUCGUCAGUAUUUUAAAAGGUUUUAUUCAAAUUUCGGGCAUCGAGAUGUUUAUCAAACACUAUAUAUUACCAAAGUUGAGUUUUUGGCAGCAGCGGGUCUAUUUUCAGAGGCAUUGAAUGCUUUCACUGCAUUGGCAAUCAAGUACAAAGGUCACAUUGGUUAUAGAGAUCCAAAAGACCUGGUCUAUUCCUUGAAGUAUGCAAGUCACAUGCAUUACAAAAAAAGAAAGAUGAAUAUCGCUCAAAACAUUUCACAUAUUGUUCAAGAAGACUCCGAUAAAUUCAACAAUUCAUUUUGCCCGGAUAUCAAAUUCAACGAUUACACUUUCGAAAGAUCACUCUACUGGGCUAUUCUCGAUGGCGUAUUGUCCGUCCAAGACUUACCCAAAUUUAAAUCACUUUUGAGCAAGAAAUUGAAAGAGCUAAUGGCUCGUCAUGACUCGGUCGUUGAUAGACUUUUGGCUUUCAUUUUCAAUAAUCACUCUUCAAUGGGCAAGUUUGUGAUAGCAUGUUUAUGUGAGACGGGACAUAUUCCAGAAGCAAUUGCAGUCAUCAACAAGUUGCCUUCACUUUUCCCUCGUGUUAAAGAGACAGCCUGCAUUACAGAAAUUGACUUUCAGCGUAUCUUCAAAGCUUUGGAAAUACAAUUUCAAGCCCAAGAGUCCCAUGAUUGUAAAGCUUUGCAAUCGCAACUUAUGACAAGCUAUGAGUUGUGCCAAAGACUAGUUCGCAAUUCUUCCAUGUCUCGCGCAUGUUUCCGCUCAUUCCUACAAUGUUACUUUUCUUCUCCUCUAGCCAAUAUUGAUGAAAUCAAUCAAAUAUCGGAGUCUUGGAAAUCAAGGGGGGGUAAGCCUAUCGGGUUGGGCUCCAGUGCCUAUAAAAAUGCUCUUUCGUGUGGUUUGAGCUCUCUGGACCUACGAAAUUACAUCACUGAAAAUCCAAUUUUUAAAUAG